GGGAGACGACACAGCUACGACGACACAGCUACAGAGUUGAGGUUAGAAGUAGAAGUUACUGUAUUUGACCACAAGUGUGUUAAGAUGUCAAAGGGAGUCUAUGAAAACUCAGAUGGAUUUGAAGACGAUGAGCCUGAUGUAAUGAAGAACACAGACAUUGAUGACCAAAUAUAUUCCAAUGUAAGAGCCUUCAAGCCCAGUACAAGAGAUGGAAUUGUUGCUUCAGAGUUAACAGCUACAGCAGUGACAGACACAGAAACACAGAUGACUCAGAGACAGAGACAUCACUAGAAGCAGAGACUUAACGUAUAGAGGGCCUGCAGUUGACAUACAACAUCUCCCGGUGGCCAUGUUGGAAGACCACCACAUUAAUUCUAGAAUCAGAGACUUAAUGUAUAGUAGACCUACAUAGAAUGAAAGACCCAGGCAUUGUUAAAGAUGUCAAAGGUCAUCUAUACUGAACCAGAUAUGAACAAGAAGGUAAAGUUUGACAGAGGUGAGAUGAAGGAGAGGAUUGUGGAUAUCUACGUCAGUGCAGACACCCUGAGAGACGGUGAGACCAGCACCAAGAGAGAAGAGACAGAGGACACUGCUCCUAAUAAUGGACCAGGAGACCAGCACUCAGAUAACAGAGUCAUCAAAGAUUCUGAGGAUAAAAGGAACAUCUUGUCACAGAGUUGUUCCCUUUAUGAGACUGACGCAACUGAAGAGAGAGACCAGCUACAGACCAGAUACAACAACCUGACUGAAGAGAAAGGCCAUAUUCAGGCAAAGCUUUUUGUGAUGGGGCAGCAUUGUCAGGAGGGAUGGAGGUACUUUGACUCCAGUUUGUACUUCCUCUCUACUGAGAAGAAAACCUGGGAGGAGAGCAGACAGGAUUGUAAGAGGAGAGGAGCCGACCUCGUGAUCAUAAACAGCAGAGAGGAACAGACAUUUCUCUUCAACCUCCACCUGAGAGCCUGGAUUGGUCUGACCGACUCUGUCACUGAGGGGACCUGGAAGUGGGUGGACGGCACAUCACUGACCACAGGGUACUGGAGCGCAGGACAGCCUGAUGAUAAUGGGCAGGAGGACUGUGCUGAGAUAUACUUUAGACAAGAUGACCCUGUAAAGACAUGGAAUGAUGACAAUUGUGGCACAAAUCAUAACUGGAUCUGUGACAAAGUGGUGUAACAAUAACACAGUAACAAACAUUCUGUCUCCUCUCUGUGUGUCUCUCUGUGUCUCUCAAUUCAUUUCAAUUAAAGGGGCUUUAUUGUCAUGGGAAACAUAUGCCAAAGCAAGAGAAGUAGAUAAUAUACAAAAGUGAAAUUAACAAUAAAAAAUAACAGUAAACAUUACACUCACAGAAGUUCCAAAAGAAUGAAGACAUUUCAAAUUCCAUAUCAUGUAUAUAUACAGUGUUGUAACAAUGUGCAAAUGAUUAAUGUACAAAAGGGAAAA